AUGCGUUUCAGCUGCUUCCGCGCCCCGUCGGCCAAUGCUGCCGCGCUGGACCAAGACGAGAUACCUCGCACGCCAAGGAAGAAGAGCGGUCUUCGACGACAAGGUACCGGCGAAUCAGCAAGCUCACGAUGUAGCACCGCCUCGACCAACUCCAGCAUAUCCAAGCUGCCACCUUGCAACCGAGCAUCGAAUCCCAAGGUCGAGGCUAUGAUGAUGCCGUCGCCGCCGGAAGAACGGCCAAGCCGAUGUCUGCGGAUGAGCCACCCAAAGACGUACAGCAACAUUGUCGACUCGAUGAAGAAGUCGAAAGGCUGCCGCGAGUGGAAAGCCUUUCCCGUCUUCUACAAUGACGAAGUUGACAUGAGCAUAUCGGCCUUGGAAGUCGCACGGAAACGAGCUGCCGACUACGAGCGGAAGCUUCGGUCAUUGAACAGUUUCGGAUCUGACGAACGCGAAUCAAUCGGUGUCGACAUGAUCGGAUGA